GGCCCGGCCGCUCCUCCCGGCCCGGCCAUGGCGCUGCUGCGGGCGGCCGCGCUGCCCGCCGAGGGCUGCCCGGCCUGGCUGCCCACGCACGUCCAGGUGACGGUGGUGCGGGCCCGCGGGCUGCGCUGCAAGGGCGGCGGCGGCGGCAAAGGCAAAGCGGGCGGCAGCGACGCGUACACCGUGAUCCAGCUGGGCCGCGAGAAGUACAGCACCUCGGUGGCCGAGAAGAGCGGCGGCAGCCCCGAGUGGAGGGAGGAAUGUGCCUUCGAGCUGCCCCCCGAGCCCGGGGCCUGCCCGGGGCUGGUGCUCACCGUGAUGCACCGGGCGCUCGUGGGCAUGGACCGGUUCCUGGGCCAGGCCCUGGUGCCCCUGGAGCCCGCCCGGCAGCGCGGCCGCGAGCCCGACGAGCGGUGGCACAAGCUGCACUCCAAGGCUGGGAAGAAGGAGAAGGAGCGUGGUGAGAUCCUGGUGAGCAUCCAGUUCACCCGGAACAACCUCACGGCCAGCAUGUUCGACCUGUCCGUGAAGGACAAGCCGCGCUCGCCCUUCGGGAAGCUGAAGGACAAGGUGACGGGCAAGAAGAAGUACGAGCUGGAGUCGGCCUCUGCCAUCAUCCCCAGCAGCAUGGGAGCCCUGGACAUGGAGGACGACUUCGAGCUCGGGGGCAAGAAGUCCAAAAUCAAGGGCUUCUUCCUGAAGAACAAACUGCGCAAGUCGUCCCUGACGCAGUCCAGCACUUCCCUGGGCUCCGACAGCACCAUCUCCUCUGCCAGCCUGAGCCUGGCAGCCAACGUCCCCGAGGCGGCCAAAUCCCCGAGCAGACACGGCAGUCUGUCCACAGAGCGCCCUGUGAAGGAGCUGCUGGCCUCACCGAAGCUGACCCACAAGCGAGCGUUCAGCGACGACGUGUCCCAGGUCAGCCCCGUGCUGGAGCCCAAAGCCCCGCAGAGCCCCGGGCCAAAGAAGGACCCCGUGUCCCGCUCGUCCCUGUGCAUCAACGGCAGCCACGUGUACGGGGAGGAGGCAGCCCCCAGGAACCCGCCCGCCUCUGCCCCCCUGCCCGUGCCCCGCAGGCAGGACGAGGCUUUCGGCUUCACCCCCCUGCACCCCGACCCCCACCAGGCGCCCUGGGGGCUGGGCAGCCUGGAGAGGGCCCAGCAGAGGGACGAGCCCAGGUUCAUCCCUUCCCCUCCCAGCCUGGCCCUGCAGGAAGAGCUCAAGGUGUCCACCAAGGCUGUGACCCUCAGCAACCACCUGGGCAGGGCCAGGAUGGAGGAGAGCCAUCGCCUGGAGGGCAAACCCACGCAGGCCGCGGCUGCCACGGGCUCCUCCGCGGAGCCAGCCAAGGACAGGGCGCCCGAGGACGCCAGGAAGGAGGACAAGAGAGCCAAGGGAGGCUUCUUCCACCACGGGGGCACCCGGAGCGACGCGGCGGGCAAAGGCCAGGGGGACAGAGGGACCCCCGUCCACGCCUCGGCCGCGGGGGACGAGAGGAGUAAGAGCAGCGGCUGGUUUGGGUCCAAGGAGCCCAAAGAGUCCCCUCAGAAACCCAGUUUCCCGCCUGGGCCGCGUGCUGCACCAGAGGUCGCUGGGAGCUUUUAUUCCUCUGAGGAUUGCAGUCCCUCUGCCUCCCCAAGGCAGACAGACCCCGAGAGGGAGUCUCCAGCCCAAAGUGUUGGUGUCCCCGUGCCAGAAACCACUCCCCCAGCACCGGGAGAGCUCCCUCCUGCCGACAGCGACCCCGCCGUCCCCCCGCUGCCCUCGGAGUGGGACGAUACCUUCGAUGCCUUUGCCACCAGCAGGCUCAAACCAGAGCGGAAGAAGGAGAACUUCUUUGCCUCGGUGGCAGCAGAGGGCAUGGCUUUCAUCGACGACCCCAACAGAGCCAGCCCGACAGAGAGCUCAGCAGAGCCCCCCUGCCAAAAGGGCUCCAAAGUGUUCGAAAAGGCCGAGUCGCCCAUCGGCCCUGAGAUCCCUGCAGCUCUCCGCUCUUGGACAAAUUUCUCCAGUUUAGACGUGGGGGCCAACCUGGUGAGCACCACCCAGGAGGCCACGGUGAUCGAGGACGUGCUGAGCCCCGUGUCCGCGGGGUCCGUGGCCAGGAGGAGGAAAAGCAGCACGCCCAUGGUCUGGACAGCCGCGUUUGCCUCGGGCAAGCCCGGGGACAAAGAGGCAUCAACAGCACCGAGCACUGAAAAUAGCGCUAGGGAGGAGGGGGACAGCGGUGAGGAGGAGUCCUGCAGCGCAGGGACGAACGGCUGGAUGACCAUAGCCACGGAAACCGCCGCUGACCCCUCGGAGAGCGCCCCGAGCGCGGCCGAGGAGCGCACGGCUCCCACGGGCCCCUUCGGCCCGCGCCCGCCCUUCCUGCGCGAGGGCACCUUUGAAGGCCAGAGCUCGUCCCGUGCCGCCGCCUGCGUGUUAGCCAGGAGCUCCUUCCCCCCCGAGCUGGCCCCCGAGGCCCUGCCCGGCGGCACCGUGGUGGCCGUGCCCCCGCGGGUGCUCGGGGACGCGGCGGGGCGAAGGUUCCCCGAGCCGGGCGCGGAGCCCGGGGGAGGCCAGGAGGGCGCCUUCGACAUCCGCAGCUCGGUGUUCCGGCUGCAGGCCAGCAUGCGGCUGGAGGCCAGCGACGGCCUCCUGAAGUUCAGCUCCGACAUCCGCGAGAGGCGCGUGGUGCUGUCCCCGUGGGCAGGGCCCCAGGGCCGCGAGGAGCCGGUGCCCGGCCUGGCCGUGCCGCCCCCCAAACCCCCCAGGCGCUUCGCAGCCGCGGGCGCUGUGGGGGACGGCGAGGAGGAGGAGGCUGCUGGCGCCCAGCAAGGCAAACAGGAGCCACGGGAAGAGCCAGAGGGCCCAAGAGCAGAGAUGGAAUUGCCAAGGAGCCGUGGGAGCAGCGCCGUGCCGGCGCCUCCCGGCCUGCCCGCACCGGGAGCGGACGCCGCUGAAGCCGGGAGCGAGUUCCCGGCAUCUGAGGGUGCCAGAGCUGCCGCUGUGGACUCAGCGGCUGGCUUGGAGACAGGAGCCAGCCAGCUGGGGACAGGGGACGCCUCUGUGGGGGAGCACCCGUCAGAGAUGAACGAGACAGAUGUGGCCGAGCAGUUUGAGACUUGCACAUCCAAGUUCUCCCUGGAUGGACUGGACCAGUCUGGUGCUGAGGAGAGCUGGAGCCAGCCCCGUUUAUCCCCUCAGGGGGCCACAGACGGUGCCAAGUGGGAAACGGCCUCCAAACGGGAGCUGUUCCCUGAGGAGCUCAGUAUUUCAGGACUAAACCCACCUUCCAAGCUAGACCUGGGCCAGCUGACCAGCUGGACAGCUCUGGAAGAGCAGGAGGCAGCUGGGCGUCCACACCCGCAGCCCCAAAGGUCAGAACACGGGCAGAGUCCAUCCCAGCCGGAGCUGGCAUGCCAGGAUGGUGAGGGGCGAGCAGGAGAGCAGCCUGAGCCCCGUGCCCCUCCCCAGGAGGCAGAGCAGGGCAGGACCCCCACCAGCAAGGAGCCCGGGGGGCACUGGGCAGAGAGCAGGAUAGACUUCAAGAAAGCUGAUUUCUGGAAGCCAGAUAGGGCAGUGGAGAGGCACACGCAGGGAGCUCCAGCCCUGAGAAAUCCCUUUACCCUGGCGCUGAGCCCGAAAUCCCCGAGCAAUCCCUUUGUGGAGAAGCCCCCAGCCCCUCUCCCUGUCCAAGCCGUGCUGCCCGAAAAGCUUGAGCAGGGCGACUUCAGCUUCCUCAGCCUGCAGGAGGAAGCCCCCGGGCACGGCUUGCAGCCCACUAACGCUACCCCCCUGCAUGCCAGCCAGCCCCUGGCCUUCUCCACCCCUUUCCUCGUGGCUGCCACUAACCCCGAGCCGUGUGGCCGCCCCCGGCCCCCCGCGGGGGUCCCCGCCAGCCGCGCCGCCGCCCGGCCCUGCCCGUGCCCGCAGCCCCGGGACGCACAAGCUUCAGCGCUCCUGGUUCUGCCCAGGGAGACACGGCCGGCUGAGGAGCCCCUUGGCCAGCAGACGAGCAGCCCUCACCCCGUGAAGCCCCUGAGUGCUGUGCAGGAGGGCUCCAGCGAGAGGAAGCAGCAGAACAGGGCCAGCCUGAGCUCGGCGCUGAGCAAUGGCCUGGAGAGGCUGAAGACAGUGACCACGAGCAGCGUCCAGCCCGUGGCCCCGGCUGGGCAAAACCACCCGGACAAAACCGAGCCCAAGUUAAAGGACCCUGCCCAGCCGGACCAGUCAGCCAAGUAUUACCACCUGACCCACGACGAGCUGAUCCAGCUGCUGCUGCAGAAGGAGGGCGAGCUGAGCAAGAAGGAGGAGCACAUCCACGAGCUGGAGAACUACAUUGACCAGCUGCUGGUGCGCAUCAUGGAGCAGUCCCCCACCCUGCUGCAGAUCCCACUGGGAGGGGGCCAGGCCCCCUGAGCCUGCCCAGGGCAGCAGCACCCAGCAGAGCUGUGCCCCAGUAACCACGCUGCCAAUACCCCCGCACCCCCUCCUCUCACCAGAGGGCUCCAGUGGCUUCUGUUCCCAGAGUUAGCAGGAAGGGUUUUCUGCUCCUUCCUGGCCCAAGCUUACCCCAGCUCGGCUCCAGGGAGCUGUAGGGUGGUGGGCUGCCAGCACCCUAUGGGGAGGAGCAGAGCCCUCCCCACGAGGCAGGCGCCUCCGUAGGUUCCCGUGCUGUGACCAAGUGCCACCUCCCAGGCACUCCUGCUGCCAGAGCUUUAAGUGACCCCUGGACAUGUGAGAGCUGGAAACCAUCUCCUCUGACUUCAUCCUGCUGCUGCUCCUCUGCCCACACUCCUCCUCCUCUCUCCCCCGAGGGUGGUGUCCCUUGGCUGCUGGAUGGUGUUGGGCUGGUGGGUGACACUGGGGACACUGAGACCCAGUGGGGCUCCCCCAGCACGUUCCUGACCAGAGCCUGUGGGACGCCCCUUCCCCCCGUGCCUCAGUUACCCCCAGUGAAGGGUGAAGAGCCAACUCCAGUUAGUGCCACUCCCUCACCACACCUGUGGGAGAUGCUCCACAGAGGGACAGCGCCGGGCCUGGGCUGGUGUCACAGCCUGGCUGGGCCACGCUGGCUCUGCCACAGCACCAGUGCCAGGGUGACACUGCCUGUGUCCCUCAUGGCUGGACUGGGAAUACGGCAAAGGGAACAUGGGAUGGUGCCCCAGGAGUGCUGCAGGAGAUCCUCUGCGGGCCCCACCCAGCAGCGGCUGCUGUGGCCUGGAGGGACCGAGUGCAGAAUCUGCACUGAAUUUCCACUCAGUAUUCCAAGGAAUGCCUGCUCACGGGCUGCCCCGCACUGCCUCUGCCUCAUCUGUCCAGCACAGCCAGAAAAUGCCCCCAGAGCGAGGCCUGGGGGGGUCUGACCCCUCUGCAGGGCCCCUGUGGGGUCAGGCACCAAAACAUUCCUGGCACAGCCCAGAAUUCCCGAAUCCUGGCAGGACCCUCCCCGGCAGGGCAGUGCCCAGCCUGCUCCCCUGAUCACAUCCAUGUGCUGGGAUCAGCUCUCCAGGGCAGUGCCCAGCCUCAGGGGCAGCUCUGUCCACUGCUGACCCCUGAGUGACCACCCAAAGUGUAGCAGCGUGAGACCGCGACUCUUCCCUUUGUUCCAGUUGUAAACUUGUCUAUUGCAAUUUUCAUCAAAUUCAGUAUAUGAUCUCUU